CCGCUGCCGCUGGGAGCCAAAGGCGCGGGGACCUUCGCGCAGCGCUGCUCCGCGAGGCAGGACUGCGGGACCCCAGACCGCACCUCCGCCCUGCACCGCCUCGGACGCUUGCUCCCUUCCUUCCCCCCACACGGCGUUCCCCGGGCGCCCCCAUUCCGGACCAGCCCUCAGGAGCCUCAUACCCGACUCCCGCGAGGACUCGACCCCAGACAUCGGUCGCACCCUCCCGCACGGCCCCCAACUCCUAGCCUCUCUCUUGAGCCCCCGCGCAUCCAAGGACCCUUCUCCUCCGGGAUCCAGGAGACGGGAUCAAUCUCAGACCUGCCUCAGCUUUCCUAUUCAAGACCACCCACCUUUGGUACCAGAUCUCGCUCAUCUCGGUUUUUGCCGUGGGAUACCGAGAACACACCCAUCAGAGCCGCCCCUCCAGCUCCGCUCCGUCCUCCCUGAGGGCUUCAACUCCCUCCCUCCCCAGACCCUCCUACCUUUCCUCGGGAGACCCCCCCCCCAGCCCCUGUAGGGGCGGGGCCUCCCUCUUCCCACCCCAGCCCGGCUUGCGCUCUCGGCUGUGCCGGGGGCGCCGCCUCCCCCAUGCCGCCCUCGGGGCUGCGGCUGCUGCCGCUGCUGCUGCCGCUGCUGUGGCUACUAGUGCUGCCGCCUGGCCGGCCGGCCGCCGGACUGUCCACCUGCAAGACCAUCGACAUGGAGCUGGUGAAGCGAAAGCGCAUCGAGGCCAUCCGCGGCCAGAUUCUGUCCAAGCUUCGGCUCGCCAGCCCCCCGAGCCAGGGGGAGGUGCCGCCCGGUCCGCUGCCCGAGGCCGUACUGGCUCUUUACAACAGUACCCGUGACCGGGUGGCCGGGGAAAGUGCCGAACCUGAGCCUGAGCCAGAGGCGGACUACUACGCCAAGGAGGUCACCCGCGUGCUAAUGGUGGAAAACAGCAACGAAAUCUAUGGGAAAAUCAAGCGUAGUCCACACAGCAUGUAUAUGCUCUUCAACACGUCGGAGCUCCGGGAAGCGGUGCCCGAACCCGUGUUGCUCUCUCGGGCAGAGCUGCGCCUGCUGAGGCUCAAGUUAAAAGUGGAGCAGCACGUGGAGCUGUACCAGAAAUACAGCAAUGAUUCCUGGCGCUACCUCAGCAACCGGCUGCUGGCCCCCAGCGACUCGCCGGAGUGGCUGUCCUUUGACGUCACUGGAGUUGUGCGGCAGUGGCUGACCCACGGAGAGGAAAUAGAGGGCUUUCGCCUCAGUGCCCACUGUUCCUGUGACAGCAAAGAUAACACACUCCAAGUGGACAUUAACGGGUUCAGUUCCGGCCGCCGGGGUGACCUCGCCACCAUUCAUGGCAUGAACCGGCCCUUCCUGCUCCUCAUGGCCACCCCGCUGGAGAGGGCCCAGCACCUGCACAGCUCCCGGCACCGCCGAGCCCUGGACACCAACUACUGCUUCAGCUCCACGGAAAAGAACUGCUGCGUUCGGCAGCUCUACAUUGACUUCCGCAAGGACCUGGGCUGGAAGUGGAUUCACGAACCCAAGGGCUACCACGCCAAUUUCUGCCUGGGGCCCUGCCCCUACAUCUGGAGCCUGGACACGCAGUACAGCAAGGUCCUGGCCCCGUACAACCAGCACAACCCGGGCGCGUCGGCGGCGCCGUGCUGCGUGCCGCAGGCGCUGGAGCCGCUGCCCAUCGUGUACUACGUGGGCCGCAAGCCCAAGGUGGAGCAGCUGUCCAACAUGAUCGUGCGCUCCUGCAAGUGCAGCUGAGGCCCCGCCCCUCCCGACAGGUCCCGCCCACCCCGGCAGGCCCGGCCCCGCCCCCCACCCGCCUCAUCGGAGUUGUAUUUAAGGACACAGCGCCCAAGCCCACCUGGGGUCCAUUAAAGGUGGAGAGAGGA